UUUAUUUUUGUUGUACAUAUUACCAUCAUUCAUAGGGCUUGUUGCGACACUCAAUUCAUAAAUGCAAUAAACAAUUGCACGAAUAGUUAUAUUUAUAUAUCGGUUUUAUUUGAUUUCACAAAAACAUUCGACUAUCCUGUCCAUUCAGUUUAAGGACAGGUGUAGUGUACACAUAAAUUUGUAUAUAAUUUUAUUGGUGAAAAUUUGCAAAAAUUCGGCCCGAAGUGAGAAAAACGCGUUGUGCUAUGGAUACAGAAGACAGUGGAACGACAAAGCGUGGCCGUGGAAGGGGUCGAUCGACAAGAGGAAGAGCGACAUCGACCAGAGCCAGAAGAGGUCGUGGUAGAGGGCGUAAAGCAAAGAUAAUUGAAUCCGAUGAAGAAGCAUCGCAAGAACAACCAGAAAUUGAAGAAACUGAUGCAUCAAUCGAAGAGAAACCACAAGAAGCAGAAAAAUCAAUUGCCGCACCACCGCCUGAUACAACAGCCGUCGAGGAAAAAGAGAAUGAAAUUCUCCCACCAAAAAUUGACAUGGAAGCGGAUAUUUCACAAUUGGAAGCACCAAUAUUUACAACAAUAAGCCGUGGUCCACCCGAACCAAUGCUUCGCUUAAAAUGGGACCAUAAAGUGUCAUUGAUUGGUGAAAAAGUAUUGAAUCCAAUGAUUCAUUGCUGUGAUCUAUGUGAUAAACCGAUUUUAAUCUAUGGCCGAAUGAUAGCAUGCAAACAUGUAUUUUGUUUGUUAUGUGCACGAUCUGAACCAUUUAAAUCGUGUCCACGAUGCAAAGAAAAGGUGUUACGCGUCGAACAAUCCGGUUUGGGAACGGUUUUCAUGUGUAAUUAUGGCGGUAGUCGCUAUGGAAAGACCGGAUGUCGUCGAACAUAUUUGUCACAACGAGAUUUACAGGCGCAUUUUAAUCAUAGGCAUAUUACAAUGGACGGUAAAGGUGACAGUGCUAAAUCAACAUCACAAAGAAAGGGAUCCAUUUCAAAUGAUUCAAUGCCACAACCACCAUUUGGACAACCAACUGUUUCGAGCCCAUUGAAUUUAAGCCAAUCCAUAACAUCGGCACAUACGGCACAUAAUUUAUCAACCAUUACUUCAUCAUCCUCAUAUUAUUCGUCAUCUUUCAAUCAAUAUGGAUCAAUGCAGCAAACACAUGGCUCACAUUAUUCAAAUGCGUCCAGAAACGUCAGCUACGAAUCAAGUUCGCACAAAUCGAAUUUGGAUCCAACACGACGUUAAAGAAUUAUUUGGAGAUUAUUGAUGUUAAGGUGCAUUUUCCUAAACAACGAUUGUAAUCGUUGACGAUUUCAAUCGUUGAUCUAGAUCGGGAAGGAUUGUAAUCAAUGUUAAUUUCUAUAUAAAAUCGUGAGCGAUUGACUGUUUUGUGUUUUUAAGACAACGAUUUUAAGAAAAAAUCGUACACGAUCGCAAUCGUCGCCUAGGAAAACGCACCUUCAGAUUUGCCGAACUGAUUUUUAGACUCAUCUGCACAUAAUUCGAUUUCAAAUAUCUAUUAUUAAUUUUCACCACUGUCAUCAGAAUUUUCAAUGGAAAUAAAUGAACACAAAUGAAAA